CGCGCAGGUCCUGAGUUCAGUGUUUGAUUGAGGGAACAGUUGCUAGGUUACAUGUCGAGCAAGCAUUAUCUCCCGUGCUAAGAGUUUUAUUUUUAUUUUCGUAGUUCCACAAGGGAGAGAGUAAUAAGUCUUUUCGCAUUUUAACUUUAUAAUUAAAAUAAACAGCCUAGCUACCAAGACAUAAAAACAUUAGCAACAUGCGUGCCCACAGUGUGUCAUUUUCUUCUGUUCUGCUUGCGCAGAUAGUACUAUUAGCGGCAUCGUUACUGGUCGAAUUGGUCAAUUCAGCAGAGUCCAGUAUAGACACAGCCGCACAAACAUCGUCUUCCUCAGAAAGUGUACACACACCAGCCAGUAGGUAUAAACGCGCCCCAGGUUGGGGCAAGAGAAACGGCUUUAGCGAAGAACUGUUGGAAGACAAUGAAAACACACAAGAGCUCAUGGCGAGACUCGCCGAGUACAAAAGGGCGCCCGGAUGGGGCAAGCGCACCUCAAGCUUGGAUAUAGAAAACGCCUUGUCGGCUGAUAAAAAGGCCCCAGGCUGGGGCAAACGAAACGCGGAGUCUGCAUUUGAGGACGACGCCGUCGAUCUGGACAAAAGAGCACCAGGAUGGGGCAAAAGAGCGCCUGGAUGGGGCAAAAGAGCGCCAGGAUGGGGCAAAAGAGCACCAGGAUGGGGCAAAAGAGCACCAGGAUGGGGCAAGCGAUCAGUAGACGACUAUUGCCAAACGUUAGAUCAAAUAAUGGAUGAGUACAUACAUAAAGCCUUAGAGGUGAAAGGCAAAAAAAUGGCUGAGUGCGGAAGCACAGAUGAAACUAAUGAGCCACUCCGGAAGUGAGAGCAAGCGGUCAGUCCAUCCCCUGGUGGAGAAACCAUUGGAGAGUGAAGUGUCUAAGCAGAUUCAUCCAAAGCUCCACAGAACUCAGAAAGCACGUCUUUUAGAUGGACAAGUUUUAUUUAACCAAGAAUUAUUUUAUUUUAAAAACCCAAAAAAUCAAUCUAUUUCAUCUGUGUCAGAUAAUAAAGACAUCAGUUAAAUUA